UUGGCUAAAAUGAAAAUUUUUUUAUCACUAGGUGCUAUGAUUACAUGUAAUUUUUAUUGUUUUCCUUAUACUUCUCUGUAUGUUCCAAAUUUACAGUAAACAUCAGAAAAGUGUUAAAAUUGAAAACAUUUUAUUACUAUAUUGCUUAUGCAUAAACACAAUGUACUUGGGCUAAAAUGUGAAUUUUUUUAAAUUAUAUUUCAUAUUGAUUGGAUUUCUGGGCUUCAGAUUCAGAAAUCCACUACCCAGAGAGGAUUCAAAUUGAAUGAGAAAGCAAGAGGGAAAGAUGGGCCAUCGAGAGUUGGGGUGGGUGCAGAGGAGCACUGUGGAUAUUCUUCAGGGAUCUAGGCUUAGCAGACUUGACUUGGGGAAAUGAAUAAUAAAAUAAAAAGUAUGUGUAUAAGAUAAUUAGAGGGUUUUAAAUUAGGUAAUUAGCUAUUAUUAAAUGCUAACUGAGUUUAGCACUAGGUGGAAUAUUUUUAUUCUUGGAGAGAAAAAAAACUAAUAGUUAUAUUUGACACAGGUUAUACCAGUUGCCAUUGAGUCAGUUCUGACUCAUGGUGACCCCAUGUGUGUCAGAGUAGAACUGUGUUCCACAGGGUUUUCAGUGGCUGAUUUUUCAGAAGUAGAUCACCAGGACUUUAUCCGAGAUGCCUCUGGGUGGACUUGACCUCCAACCAGUUGAGUGCACUAACCAUUUGCAAAAGACUAUUAUAUAAGAUACGUAUAAGAUUAUAGUAUAUAUAAUACAUACUAUAUGAUAUGCUGAAUCUAGUGGCACAGGUAUUAGUAUAUGAGUUCAGAAAAGGAAGGCAUUAACAUGAGCUGGAAAGGUUAGGAGAGACUUGACAGAGGAUGUAAGAUUUGAAUUGGAUCUGAAAGAAUAGGCAAGAUUAGUAAGAAUAGGAUACAGAGGGAGGGCAUUCCAUGUAAAGAAAAAUUGAAGGAAAAAACAGGAAGGCACAUGUGGCUCAUUUAUUAGGAGAUUGAUGUCAGAGCUAAGAUUAUAUAUUUGGGUAUAGAGCCAAAGGUUGGGUAGGUAGAUGGGUAGAGAAUAUGGAAAACCUUGAAAUCUAAGUAUGUGAGUUUGAGCUUGAUAGAGUAGUCAACAGGAUGCUUCCUUUAUUUAAUUUUAAGUUACAAAUGUUUGCAUUGAAAAAUUUUGAAAACACAGAAAAAAGUAGUAGAGAAUCACCUGUGAUCAUUGUAGGACAAAGUGGUCAUGGAACUUGAGUGUGACAUAUGAAGGCAGGGUAGAGAUUGGAGUUUUGGCAAGAUGGAAAUUUGCAAUCUUUUUUAGACUUCAGGUGAAGAAGAUGUGGAUUAAGGUUAGCACAGUGUAAAUGAAGGUAUAAAAUGGAAACUAGAAACAGUUUGAAACACAUUGAAUUUGGGGUGUUGAUCAGCUAUCCAAAUGGAAAUCUCUUGUAGGGAUUUGAAGAUACAGUGUCGUGAAGGUGCUGAGAAUUACUAAUUCCUCCAAAGGAUAGUAGAGGUAAGAGCAGAUAACCAGGAAUAGAGCUUUGGGUAAUAUACGUAGUUAAGGAGAUUUGAAAAGAAAAGGAAUUUGAAAAUAAAUGGAGACUGUUGGAGACAUAGAAUUUUAUUUUUAGAAGCCAAGGAUAAAGUCAGACUUAAUCAUUUUCAUUUUUAUUGUUGACAGUAGCAAUGGCCCAGGUAAAGUUUCAGAGCAUGAAUUUGUAACAGAGAGGUGUACAUAGUCCCAUGUGUUCUCUCAGUCCUGUUCUGUAACCCAGGAAAAAAAGAUGAUGAAAAGUGACACAGGACUCGGCGACCAUACUUAGGGGUCUACGGAGAUCUUGGGUUCUGGACUGAGAAGACACAGCAGUAUAGUUAGCGGAGGGUGAGGGGAGAAUGGUGAUCCCGUGAAGAAAAAUGUUAUAGGUGAGGAAGCUGUGGCCAGAGAACAUUCAUGUCUAGAUUCUUGAAGGAAGAAUAGUGUCAUUUGAUUAUGAGGUCUGGGAAGUGUCCCUGCUGGUGACACACGGAGUGCAGACACUGCUCCCCAGCUUUCAGUUGAAAAGGGGAAUUUUAUGUAGGUGCUAAAAUCAUUGAGGGGAGCGGCUGGGUCUAUGGUAGACAUAAAGAACUUGAAUUUAGCAUGAGCAAUUUCGUUGGGUAACAAGAAUCAGAAUUUGAUACGAUCUUUGUGAAUCAUUUAUUGCACUUACUAUCACAGUCUAUCACUUGUGAUGAAUUGAAGCCCCCAGUGUGUAAUAUAGCAGGGUAACAUACAAAGCCCUGCUUUUACGUUCAGAAAGAUUGUUCAGAUAUGGAUAGGAAGAUCUUACCUGACAGUAGUUGAUAUGAAGAAUCCUGGAAAUUUUAGUUGUGCAUUGGGAGGCAGUAAUGUUUUGUGGUUACUAACAAAUGUUCGUUCAUUUUUAAGAUGUAUUAUCAAACAUACGUAUAGUGUAUAGCUAAGGGACUUUGGUUCAACAAAUACUUCCUUUGUGUCAGAAACAAUGCUAGGGGUUAGGGAUACAGAUAAAGAUGCAACUUCUCCCCUCAGUAAACUUAAAGUCUAUAGGGGGAGAUAGAUGUGAACAAAUACAGUAUAUUGUAACAUGUGCAAAAAUAAAAGUGGGUGCUAAGUAUAGAAAUAAUACAGAGGAGGGACGGAUAAUGAUUGCUAACCAUUGCUCUGUUCUCUGCACUGAUCAGAGACUGUCUGAGGUACUGGUACCUUUUUUUGAAUGCUAGAACACCUGUGUGUGCGCACACACAUACACGCAUGUACCAGGCAGGACUCCGCCUUUAAAAAAGGAAUGUUUGCUUGGUGGUUCUUAGUGACCCUUCUGUCUUUUCCCCUGUCAGGGUGUUGAUACAAGCUGGAGCUCUUUGUUGGAGUCUUCCAGAGAUCUCCCAGGGAGAGGUAGGGAAGGGAGAUUGUGCCAGCAGAAGUUGGAAAGCACAGAGACCAUCUGCCUUCUUCUGACCCGGUAUUGAUGCAGGCUGAGGCCCUCUGUUGUAAUGUGCUGGGUGUCAUCUGAAGACCGAAGUGCUCUGUGGGCUUUGGUUACAUUCCAUGGUGGGGAGUGCCAGCUGAACCUCAAUAAGAAGUGUACACAUUUGAUUGUUCCAGAACCAAAGGGGGAAAAAUAUGAAUAUGCUUUUAAGCGAGCAAGCAUUAAAAUUGUGACACCUGACUGGGUCCUGGAUUCCAUAGCUGAUAAAACUAAAAAGGAUGAAGCAUUUUAUCACCCUCGCCUGAUUAUUUAUGAAGAGGAAGAAGAGGAAGAGGAGGAGGAGGUGGAAAAUGAGGAACAGGAUUCUCAAAAUGAGGGGAGUACAGAUGAAAAAUCAAGCCCUGUCAGCUCUCAAGAAGGAUCACCUUCAGGUGACCAACAGUUUUCACCCAAAUCAAGCACUGAGAAAUCUAAAGGGGAAUUAAUGUUUGAUGAUUCUUCAGAUUCAUCACCUGAAAAACAAGAGAGAAAUUUAAACUGGACCCCAGCUGAAGCCCCACCGUUAGCUGCGGCGAAAUGCAGACUACCUCAGGGAGAGGGGCCUGGACUGAUUAAUCUAUGUGCCAGUGUCCCACCGGCCCCAGGGCACAUGUUGCCUCCUGACGCCCGAGGUGCUUUAAUGGCUUCGGGACAAAAUCUCCAAAGCUCUGAAAGAUCAGAAAUGAUAGCUUCUUGGAGUCCAGCUGUGCGGACAUUGAGAAAUAUUACUAAUAAUGCUGACAUUCAGCAGAUUAACCGACCAUCAAAUGUAGCACAUAUCUUACAGUCUCUUUCAGCACCUACAAAAAAUUUAGAACAGCAGGUGAAUCAUAGCCAACAGGGACAUACAAAUGCAAAUGCAGUGCUGUUUAGCCAAGUGAAAGUAACUCCAGAGACACACAUGUUACAGCAGCAGCAUCAGACCCCACAGCAGCAGCAGCAGCAGCAGCAGCAGCAGCAGCAGCAGCACCACCCAGUUUUACACCUUCAACCCCAGCAGCUCAUGCAGCUCCAGCAGCAACAGAUUUCUCAACAACCGUACCCCCAGCCACAGUCACAUCAGUUUUCACAGCAGCAGCAAGUCCAUCAGCAUCAGUUUACACAGCAACAGCUACAGUUUCCACAGCAACAGUUGCAUCCUCAACAGCAGCUGCAUCGCCCUCAGCAACAGCUACAGCCAUUCCAGCAACAGCAUGCCCUUCAGCAACAGUUACAUAAGCUGCAGCAACAGCAACUGCAACAGCAACAGUUAGCACAGUUACAGCGGCAGCAACAGAACCUGCUACAACAGCAGCAACAGCAGCAGCAAAUUCAGCAUCAGUUACAGCAGCAGCAGUUGCAACGCCUACACCAACAGCAUCAGCAACAGCAAAUGCAGAACCAAACAGCACAGCACUUGAGUCAAACAUCCCAGACACUACAGCAUCAGGUUCCAUCCCAGCAACCACAGCAGCAGCACCAGCAGCAGCAGCAGUCACAGCAGCAGCCGCUUUUUGGGCACGAUCCAACAGUGGAGAUUCCAGAAGAAGGCUUCUUAUUGGGAUGUGUGUUUGCGAUUGCGGAUUAUCCAGAGCAGAUGUCUGAUAAACAGUUGCUGGCCACCUGGAAAAGGAUCAUUCAGGCACAUGGAGGCGCUGUGGAUCCCACGUUCACUAGUCGGUGCACACACCUUCUUUGUGAAAGUCAAGUCAGUAGUAUGUAUGCACAGGCGAUAAGAGAAAGGAAGAGAUGUAUCACUGCACACUGGUUAAAUACAGUCUUUAAAAAGAAGAAAAUGGUGCCACCUCAUCGAGCCCUUCAUUUUCCAGUGGCAUUCCCACCGGGAGGAAAGCCGUGCUCACAGCAUAUUAUUUCUGUGACUGGAUUUGUUGAUAGUGACAGAGAUGACCUAAAGUUAAUGGCUUACCUGGCGGGUGCCAAGUAUACGGGUUAUCUGUGCCGCAGCAACACAGUCCUCAUCUGUAAAGAACCAACUGGGUUAAAGUAUGAGAAAGCCAAAGAAUGGAGGAUACCAUGUGUGAAUGCCCAGUGGCUUGGUGACAUUCUUCUCGGAAACUUUGAAGCACUAAGGCAGAUUCAGUAUAGUCGUUACACAGCGUUCACUCUGCAGGAUCCAUUUGCCCCUACUCAGCAUUUAGUUCUAAACCUUCUGGAUGCUUGGAGAGUUCCAUUAAAAGUGUCAGCAGAAUUGUUGAUGGGUGUAAGAUUACCUCCCAAAGUGAAACAGAAUGAAGUAACUAAUAUCCAGCCUUCUUCCAAAAGAGCCAGAAUUGAAGAUAUACCACCUCCCACUAAAAAGUUAACACCAGAAUUGACCCCUUUUGUGCUUUUCACUGGAUUUGAGCCUGUCCAAGUUCAGCAGUAUAUUAAGAAACUCUAUAUUCUUGGCGGUGAGGUUGCUGAGUCUGUGCAGAAAUGCACACAUCUUAUUGCCAGCAAAGUGACCCGCACUGUGAAGUUUCUGACGGCGAUUUCUGUAGUAAAGCACAUAGUGACUCCAGAAUGGCUAGAAGAAUGUUUUAAAUGUCAGAAAUUCAUUGAUGAGCAGAACUACAUUCUCCGAGAUGCUGAGGCUGAAGUGCUUUUCUCUUUCAGUUUGGAAGAAUCCUUAAAAAGGGCACAUGUUUCUCCACUCUUUAAGGGAAAAUAUUUUUAUAUCACACCUGGAAUCUGUCCAAGUCUUUCAACUAUGAAAGCGAUAGUGGAAUGUGCAGGAGGAAAAGUAUUAUCUAAACAACCAUCCUUUCGGAAACUCAUGGAGCAUAAACAAAAUAAGAGUUUGUCAGAAAUAAUCUUAAUAUCCUGUGAAAAUGACCUUCACUUAUGUCGAGAAUAUUUUGCCAGAGGAAUAGGUACGGUUUACUGCUCUUGCUGUGUAUUAAAGUGUGUGUGCAUAUACACACAGCAGUGCAUUUAUUUUCAUAAUUUUUAUUUUCAUUCCUUUCAGAUGUUCAUAAUGCAGAGUUUGUCCUAACUGGAGUACUUACACAAACACUGGACUAUGAAUCAUAUCCUUUUUGAAAAAGAAUGAAAGGUGAAAGGGUUGAAUAUGAAAACGGAUUUCCAAGAGUGAUGAAGCAAUAGCUUUCCUGUUUUUGCAAGCCAUCUUUUCUUUCUCUGCUGUUAUGAUUUAUGCAGUUAGCAGUUCCUUCUCUAGAGUAUUCAUUUCAGUUUAACAUAAAAGAAGUUUUAACAACUUCCUUAGAGUUCAGAUUCAGUAUGUGACUUAUUGAUCAGAAAGGAUCUGUACUGUCUAGUUCAUGUAAGUAUUUAAGUAAUAGGCAAUUAGAGAAAAUAAUUGCAAAAAUAUAUGUGUUUCUCAUCAACUCAUUUUUGAACUUGAAUUUGAGUGAAAUCUAGAUUGUGUAUCAUUUACUCAGGAACUUUGAAAUGUGUAAAUAAAAGCACAGUAAUAGAAGCAUUAAAAUGAUAUUACUAAGUUGCCAGUAGGUAAAUACAAAGAUAAAUCUUUAGAAUAAUACAUUUUGACACAUGUAAGCAUUUUUCUGUUUUCAGCAUUAAGGAAAAAAAAAGUCUUGUCAUGUGUUAUGUGUAGUCCUUAUUCAGAAUCUCUAAAUUAUUACGUUAGUAUGAGAGUGGCCCACCAGUGAAGCAGAGUGUGUGCCUCAUGAAGUCCUUAUGCAGAAAACAUGUGUUUCAACACAGAUUCCUGCUGAAGAGGCGGCUCUGGGAGAGCACUUGCAGUUAGGCUGAGGGUAGGCCUGCACAGAAGUCUUUUCUGUCUCCUAUGAGUGGACUGUUGCCUGGUGUCAGCAUUAGCUGCAUUAGUCUUCAGGCACAGGAAGUCGUGCUGUUUUGGGUAGGAGUACUUUAGGCUUUGUUCCAUGAGUAAGUCAUAGGGGUUAGAAAGACAUCCUUCUUCAGUCAGUUCUUUUUUAGUUCUUAUGUACCAGUUUCAGCUAGUUAAUUAAAUUUAUCAAACAUUUUCUUUUUAACCUUAAAGCUUUUACGAUUGAUACAGGUUCCCCCACGCUAUCCGAAAUUAGAGCAUUCCUAUGAAUUCUAUCCCUUACUUAAUGUCAUGUUUAGUAAUAGUAGUAUACCUAGUUUAAAUGACAUGUAGUGUAGAAACAUUCUUAUUAAUAUCAGCUUUUUAUAUUCCAUAUCUUCACAUAUUAAGAAAUAAUUACAGGAGUUACUGAUACAUACGAUAAGAGACUUGUCAGAUUUUUGCAAGUAUGCUAUAAGCACCUUGUUUUAUAGAAUAUGUGCUGUUACGUCUUUUCCAGAUUUUUUCAUUUUCAUUCAUAUCUAUAUUUGUGUAAGCCUAUCCUAUACUAUGUUUAUUUUCAGAAGGAAGGAUUGCUUUAAAAAUUAUAUGGGUGAUUUGUGGGUGUUACCUCAGGACCCUUUGUUCAGAUCUAUAGCCUGAAAAUAACCUGAUUUUGCCCCAGUGGCUGGAUUAGAAUUGCAGGGGUUGGCAGGUGCUCUUGAGACUGAUGGGAAUCAGUUUUUUUUGGUGGCCCUUUUGGGAUAUCAACUUAUCAGUAUUGUGCAUUGCAUCUGUGAGUUUGAAGGAGAGUCCCACUAUUACUGGAUCUCAACUUUGGCUACACAUUGAAAUCACCUAGGUAGCUUGAGAAAGUAUUGCUGCCUGGGUCCAAGCUGCAGAGAUCCUGUUUACUUAGCCAGAGUGAGACCUGUGCAUCAGGAUUUUACAUUUCCUGUGGUUUGGAUAUGCUGCCAGACUAGCUGGUUUAUGGAUAAGAAAAAUGCUGUAACAUUCUUAUUAAAUGUACUUGAAGCUAGUUAACUAAUUUAAAAUUAGAAUCCCUUAUUUAAUGUUACUGUUGUACAUUGUGUUUGCACAUUGUUUUCCUCAACACGCCUACAUAUAAAUUUAAUUGAUGGCAUCUAAGCUGCUGCGUGCCUCUGGAGUCCUGGAGCACAAGAUCUGGCUGUUCGAGCUGUUGGAUAGAGCACCCAGGGCUUCCGCAGACGCUCUUGUUUUCCAGCUGCUUUCUUAGGGGACAAGCAUUUUAAAGCAGGAAAACAAAUAUAAUAAAUUAACUGCAUCUUAUUAAGAUGUGUGAUUUUAUUCUAAGGAAACAUAAAUUAUGUUUUGUAUUAUAUGAAUUUAAGAGCCCACAUUAGGUUUUAUGAUUCAUUUGCCAGGUUUUUAAAUGUUUUCAAAAAACUGUUAUGGAACUUCAGCUACAAGUAAAAUGGUGUAAAUAAAGACCUUGCUAUCUUUAAAUUAUGGAUGUUCAAGAAAUGAACUGUUUUGUACUUCGAUUAUUUUUAUUUCUUAUACUCCGUUUUCUUUUAUAUUGAUAUCUUGCCCACAUUUUAAAUAAAUGUACUUUUGAACUGUACUUAGAACUGAGUGAUUCUUUGUUGGUCCAUAUUUUUUGUAUAACUUAGAUGAUUUGUAUCAAACUGGAUCACAUUUUUUCAAGGCAAAAUAUUUUCUAGCAGAUUUUCUCCUAAAGAAAUAAUUUCUGGAAGGCAGCCAUUUUCUAUCAAUAUAAUAAAUAA